UACGUCACAGUGCACUAGCCGUUUAGUUGUAUAUAUCGGGUCAUACCAUUUUAAAACCGGAGCAUAUAUUAUUGAAUUUUCAUUUUGUUUUCAGAAGUUGUAAAGAUGUGAUCGAUGUGGUCGAGAAUGGACUCAAAUAAAGACUGUUAUUCGUUAAAAAAUGCAAAUGCAAGGAAGGAAAUCGGUGAAAUCCCCUAGAUAUCGAAUCGUCAACAAAGCUUGUCAACCUGACCUCAUUUCUCGUCGCGUUGGUCAAUGAGUGACGUCACAGCCAAUACUGAAACAAACAUGUCAGAAGCCUCAGGUGCGAGCUAGAUCACAGACUCACAAACGAUGUCAGCUCAGAUUUCGGGCGACCGCGGUCCCGAAAACACCUGGGACAACUUGGAGGAAAGUGUGAAAAAGUCGGUGAUUUCAUUAAGGGACUUUGCUAGGCGGAAGGAGAAGGAUUUUCAGUUUGUGAUUUCUCUUAGUCCUUCUGAGCUUGCUGGGUUCCUGAAGGAAUUCUUCUUAGCCUUAAAGGAGCAGUCCGCAACGUCCCCCUCCCAGAGUGAGGAUGAAAAUGGGGCUGCUGCCUCACUAGGAAAGAUUCGUUCGGACCUCUGCGAUUAUUUUAAGAAAGUAAUGAGCGUUGACAUUACUACUGGAAGCGAAUUUUCCGAGUGUAAUUUAAUCGUAGAUGAUGUCGCGCAGUCACAGACCAAAGACGGCUCCGUGGCCAAAAAUGCAGUGAUGAAGAAGCACACUCGACAACGAACAUUUACCUUUGAAACAAACGAACUGCGACAAAUAUACAUGAGCGAGGCCAUGAAUCUCGAUCAACCGGAAACGCUGCAGAACAAAGUGUUUUUUGAUGUGUGUAUGUACAUUUGUAAUAGAGGGAAAGAUUUCUUACGUUUAAUGACAAAAAAUGACUUUGAAGUAUGCACCGAUCAAAAUGGCAGACGAUAUGUAUUGCUUAAAUACGAUCCAAAGUUCAGUUCCAACGAAGUCGCUGGCGGUACACAGAUUGGUGAACGGAUGUAUGAGCGCCCAGGUGACCCAAAGUGUCCAGUGUAUUCCUACACGCAGUAUGUGAUCCACCUUCACCCAAUGUCGGAUGCGUUCUGGCAGCGACCAAAGCGCAGCAUCCUGCCAACAGACUUUGUGUGGUACGACAAUCAGAGCAUAGGGAAUAGCACGCUUAAUAGACUCAUGAACAGAAUAACACAGUCAGCAGGUUUACCGGACAGUUACGCCAUCAACGCAAUAAAGUCAUCCUACAUACCGGUCAUCGAGUCCAUCUGUCGGUCGGCCCUCUUCGGAAGUCAGCAGUUCCGCCGAAUACUCCAGAUAAAGCAAUCCAAUCAUGAUAUGCACUACCACGUGAGGAAGCGGCACUCUGAGGGCUCCCUAUCUAUCGCAAGUGUUCUGCGAGAGAGCCCAAUUUUCCGCCCUCGCAACUCGGAGCCCUUACUGCCCCUGUAUCGGCCUCUCAGCACGGAAACGGAGUUGACCCGUAGCAGCUCUACCAGUCCUGUACCCAGGGCAGGAAGUUGGGAUUCUGGUUCCCCCCACAUGAUGCCACACAUGACUCCGGAGAGGAAAGACACCCCAGAAACAGGGUACCAGCCAUACAGGAAUUGUGAACCAGACCUACCGUCUGCUGGAUACCAGUCUAGCUACAGGGACUCGAGUCCCAAUGGGGCUCAAGACCUCUCUACCAGUUCCAUAUCCUCGGGGCCUCAGUAUCACGAGGAGGAACGGAAAACCAUGGAAACUGGCACAAUCCAGCAAGCCAAGCAGAAAUGUCUGGAGAUAGUUCACAGCCUCGAGGUACGAGACAUCAAGUCCUUUAUAAACUGGAUGAAGACAUUCGAAGCCAAGCAUGGGCCCUCAGGCCUGAUGGUAACCUGUCAGCCAGUCAAUGCUGGAGAGGCCCAGAUGACCCCAGACUACGCCCGUACAUUGGACAGUUCUGUUGCUAACGGUUACACAGACCCCACUCGGAAACCGGCCCAGCGCACUGACAGCCAGCAAAAGAUGCAGGUCUAUACGGAUUUUGAGGCCAAAGAUCUGGAGUUUGACUGUAUUGGUGAUACUUUCUGUUGUACAUCUGAUGUCUCACCGGUCAAGAUAACCAUUCCUGCUCAGGAUACGGUUCUCUUGACUGGUUUGCAACAGAAUACGCAGGUCCUCAUCCAUAGGAAGAACGACGAGAAACAGUCUUCAAUAGAUAACAAGUACAUGCCCUUGCACAUGAGGGUUCUUAUGUCAUCGGAGAACUACAAUCUUCAAGAUGUCGAGACAGUCGUACUGAAAAAGCAAAAGGAUGGGCCACAGUUUGCACCGGAAAUGACCAGGUCAAAUUGCUUUAAGGAAGACAAGUCUAUUCCAAUGAAAAAGCGUAUCGUCUUGGACCAAGAAUCCCAGAAUCUGUCAAGUCAAUGUAAUGGUUCCCCCCAGCAAUCUUUCUGCCAGUCUCACUCCCCUCCCUCUCACAGUUUCCCCCAUCACACCUCCCCCUACAUGGCCCAUGCCGGUUAUCCCCCCACCACCGGCCACCCCCAGGCAAGUAUUGCAAACACCGCUGCCCUUAAUUAUCACAUGGCCCCUGGUCCACCCCAGAUGCUGGGAUCCUUAACACAGGGAAUUCCCGCCAUCCCGAAGUACCGAGAGAGAUUCCCUGAUGGAUGGGGGUAUACACCUUUACAGAAACGCCAAAAGUUUGGCAUGCAACAUAAUGGUAAUGGCAAAGAUGGCCCUCUCGAUUUGAUCAAGCCUUCAUAAGAUCUUGGUUUUUAAACUGCAUAUCACUGUGUUUAGUAUGUAAAUUUUAAGUGUAGUUGUUAAAUAUUUUCUUUCGGCACAGUCAUACUUGCACAUUUUGGUUUGGAAUGAUUUAAAUUUUUUGGCAUUUACAUAAAAUAUAUGCUUCUUUGAAAGCAAUAACAGAUAGUUUGGUUAAAAGAAGAUUCUCUUUUAUGUAUGAUAUUACCCUACCUUUGUUGUUUUUAUGUGCCCCUGGUAGUGUGGCAUAUAGAAGUCUGUCCAUCUGUCUGUCUUUCUGUCUGGCAUUCAGUUUUCUGGUUAUAUUUGGUAUAUGAGUCUAUCUACAUGACCUUCAGAUGAAGUGUGAGUUUCGUUCCAGUUCAUUGAUUUUUGGCAAAGUUAUGGACCUUGGACUUCGAAUUUUUUUCUAAAAUAACCAUUUUCUGGAGGGUUUUUUAUGCAACGCUUUCAGAUAUUGAGCUGAUUUUUUGGAAUGUAAGUCUACCUACAUGACAUACAGAUAAAGUGUGAAUUUCGUUCCGGUCCACUGAUCUUUGGUAAAGGUAUGGGCCUUGGACUCAAUUUUUAAUUUUUAAAUAAUAACCAUUUUUCGGAGUUUUUUUUACGAAGGCUUUAAGCUAUUAAGCUGUUGUUUUUUUUACAGGAGUCUUUCUGCAUGACUUACAGAUGAAGUGUGAGUUUCUAUCCGGUAUAUUGAUUUUUGGCAAAGUUAAGGGCCUUAUACUUAAUCAAUUUUAUUAAAAUGUGGCUUCAAAGCGCAGAAGGGGGCAUCAUUUUUUCACAAUUACAGGUCUUGUUGUAAAAUAUUUUAUGUUUUUUGGGCCAAAGAUAAUUUGUACAUGAUUGUUUUUAUUGAUCUCGAAAUUCCAAUAUUUCUAUACAAGGUUCCAAACGAAUGUCUACGGUGAUUUCUAAUGUACUUGUUCUCUUUAUAUUGCUCACUUGGAAGUAGAUAUAGUAGAACUUGACAUGUUGUUUUUUGUUUUAUUCUUUGUUUGAAAUCCGUUCCUGUGAAAUUUGUUGAUCGAAAAUGGUUGGUUUUGUCAAAAUCAUGGAGAUUAUUUUUAAUUGUCAUUAUUUCAUUGUUUUCAUUUUACAUAUCCUAUCUCGCCAUUGUCAUCUUUUCUCAUGUUGUUAAUUCACAGUUGUUAGGUAUGUUAUAUUAUGUAUUAUUGCGUAUACAUUGCAAUUGUUAGCUUGGUUUUGUUUUGUUUUGAUACUUAUAACAAUUUGUUGUUGUUUUACUUGCGCAUAAAUCUUAUAUUUACAAAAGGGAACUAUGUGCUAAUUUUCUAUACAUGGAACUAUAACCUAUAUGUCCUUGUCAUGUAAUUUUUGCCUUCAAAAGCUAAUUUUGAGUCCAAAAUAGCUUCAAGUAAAAAAUGAAAUUAAAAAACAAUAUUGACAAUUAUGCACCUUUGAACAUUUUCUGGCGAAUAAUUCUAUUUUAAAUGGCCAAAUCUUAAGUUACAUUAAAUGUGCUUUUCAUUUUUAAUAUCAAUUGAGAUAAACGAUGUUGAAUGGUAAAAAACAGAUCAACUUUUGGUAAAUGUCUACUUUUUGUACAAGGAAAAGGGUAUUAAAAUGACGGAUAUUUAUCAUAGUUGAUAAUCUUGAAAUCAUGUUGAUUUUGAACACAUCUCUUAUAGCCAUUUAGUGAACAAAUCAUUUGCAAAAUCAGUGUACAUGUAAAUGCUUAAGCAGGGUUAAUUGGCUAGAAAACAAAAAUGACAUUAUACCCAUUGGAUUUGUAGAUUUUCUUACGUUGUAAAUUUUUAGUGGCGUGGGAUAAUAUUUUUUUGUUCAUUGUGUCUACUGU